AACUACUCACAAGGGCGAACGCACAACCCGCAGAACCACUCAGGAAGCCCCCCUCAGGGUCACGCUCGCCGCUCCGAUAAAUCCUCCUCCCCGUUGUCCAGACACUCCCAGCAUUCGUCCUCCUCGUCACACUCCUCCUCCCCCAAAUGCAAGCCAGCCUCACUGCUGGCUAACCUAAAUUCGAAAGAUGUCAAAGAGGAGCAGUUGGCCUCCAAAGAAGUCCAAAAGGAAGGGGAGGUGGACGAGGAGCCAAUUGAGUGUGAGCGCGUUGAGUCACUGGCGAGAGAUGUGAAAGAAGGGGCAGGAGGUGGGAGGACGGAGGGGAGCUGGCGGAGGCUGGCAGAGUGCAGCAGCAGUCCUCAGAAAAACAGCCCCCUCACUGGCUCUACUCCCACUGUUGGUCAGAGCAGCCAAACUGCGACUCAGUCCAGUCCCGCGAAAGACACAAACGAUGCCAGCAAUGGCGCCCCCACGUGGCAGAAAGCAUGUGAUCCAUCUUCAGUAAAAAAGCCCCCGUAUGAGGGUCUAAACCCAAUGCUUUCCAGCUUUGACUUCUUCUCCACUGAGGAAUACAUGGAUGGAGAUAAAAUGGCAAUCUCCAUCGCCUUCAGGAAGUUUUUGGAGGAGCAAAACAAAAAGGCUCAAUCUGUGCGACAGAACGGCAACAGCGCAGAGGCUGGCGAUGUGGACAUGGAAAAAGGGAAUGGGAAUCGCAAAGCACCCGCCGUUGUCUCUGAAUCAGUGUCAAGGACGCACAGAGAGGACACCGAUGAUGAGGUGUCCCUAAGCAGCUUUUUAAGAGCCUCUCCAUUUCUGUCCCCUGAAGGGGAGGAAAAGGAGGAGAUGAUUAUCAAGCGUCCUUCUAAAUCGCUUAACAAGGACCGGUAUAAUGGUGACGAGGCAUCUAAGCCAAAGAGUAAGGUCUCUCAGUCGGCACUCAGACUCUUUGAGGAGUGCUUUGACAAGUGGCAGAAUGCGGCCUACCCGCAGUCUGCUAAUGGUGAAGUGGAUACUGCGGCAGGGGAGACGCAUCUCAGUGACAAACAUGGCAAAGCAGCAGCCACUGCCCACAGUAAAAGAGAGUUUGCAGAAAAGUUUGAAGCGUUGCCCUCCGAUACGGGUUGUAAAACACGGAAGUUGACACACUCUGCCUCGGCCCCGUCGUCUACACCGUUAAUGAGGCGGAACUCUGACAGAGAGUUGUUCAUGAUGAGAGGAGAGGACUCGCCUCUCAUGUCCUCAAGAAAACCAGAGGCAAAAUUCAAUGUAAGAAUGGAUUUCGUUGGAGAUAGUCUGCUGAGCUCGUCCGAUAUUUUGGCCGAAGAGCGGCAGUUGUCGCAGGACCUUGUACAGGCCUCGAAAAAGGAUCAGGAGUUCCGCUCCAUCUUUCAGCACGUUCAAGCUGCACAGUCACAGAGAAGUCCCUCUGAGCUCUUCGCUCAACAUAUUGUCACCAUUGUUCACCACACCAAAGCCCAGCACUUUCAGCCCUCUGGCAUGACUCUAAACGAGCGAUUCACCUUGUACCAAAGACAAGCGGCAGAGAAGGAAAUGAUGAAGCCACGAAAAAGCCCAGAGAUACACAGGCGAAUUGAUGUUUCACCAAGUGCUUUUAAGAAACACCCUCAGCUUUAUGAGGCGAUGAAAAGCUCAGAGGAUGGCCUUUACAAGGAUGGCGGGGAAAAAGCGAAGGGUGACCCAAUGGACCUUCGUUUGGACAUAGAGCGUCGGAAGAAAUUUUCCACCCAUGAAAAGGAUUAUAACCAGGAUCGGGGAAGAGAUAUGAAAAGCUCCCCGGAUUUUAGCAAGGACAGAUCUGAGGAAAACAUUCCCAAAUUCAGCAAGAGACUGAUGAAAAGUGAUAAGAAACGCUCUCGCUCCAGUUCGUCCUCAUCAUCCUCAUCCUGCAAAUCUCAAAAAGAUGAAAAUUUACCUCAUGACAAGCCAGAGUCAAAAGAUGAAGUCUUUGACAGGCCUUGGCUGAGUCAAAGGGGCUCACAGACACCGGCUGAAGGAGGAUGGUUGCGUGGAGGAUUUCAAAUAAGAAUCCGUGGAAGAGGCUGGAACAAAGCCAGUUGUCAGCAAAACAGUUCACAAAGUAACCCUGUGAAAGGGGCAGCCGACCCAAACAACGAAGACUGGGAUCCAGAGUCUACUCCCAAGUGCAAAAAGUACUACUUGCAUGAUGACAGAGAUGAAGAGCCCGAACGCAAGUGGAUGGACAACAGAGGGAGAGCGCAGGGGAGCUUCCCCCGUGGAAAGGCGCGAUUCAUUAUCCGCAAAGCCACUGGCAGCGCCACCAUGAAUAACUCCAAAUGGGUGUUUGAUAAAUUCCAGACCAGUAGAGAGCACGGCGGCAAGGAGGGCGAGGAGGGAGAGCAGGACCACAAACAAGCCGAAAUCGAUGGGGAGAAAACUUAA